CUCCCGCAAGCGCGGCCAUGGAGCGCGGCGGUCGGCGCGGCGGUCGGCGCGGCGCUCGCAGCCUCGAGACGUUCGCGGCGGAAGCGGAGGCCGCUCUGAGAGCUUGCCUGGAGGGCGAGAAGGCCGCUGAUGGGGGCGCUCGGGAGGCCAAGUUCCCCUGCCCCCUUGCCAUGUGGGAGCUCGGACACUGCGAUCCCAAGAAGUGCACCGGGAGAAAACUAGCCCGGAAAGGGUUGCUGCGAACCCUGCGCCUCCGUCAGAGAUUCCCGGGUGUUGUCCUGAGUCCGAUGGCUACGGUGUAUGUCUCUCCUGCUGACAGGAAUGUCAUUGCUCAGAGUGGAAUAGCAGUCAUAGAUUGCUCAUGGGCCAAAUUAGAAGAAACUCCCUUUAAGAAAAUGAAGGGGAGUCAUCUGCGGUUGCUGCCUUACUUGGUGGCUGCAAAUCCUGUAAACUAUGGUCGGCCGUGCAAGCUGUCCUGCGUGGAAGCUUUUGCCGCAGCAUUUUGCAUUGUUGGAUUCCCAGAUCUAGCCACCAUUCUUCUAAGGAAAUUUAAAUGGGGUAAGGCAUUUAUUGACCUGAACAAAAAUCUCUUGGAAAAAUACGCAGGCUGUCAUUGCCAGGAUGAUGUGCUACACAUUGAGAAGGACUUUUUAGCUUGUGUCCGAGAAAAAAAAGAUGAAGAAGUAGAUCCAUUUGAUGUUGACUUACAAAAAGAAUUUUCUAAUCCCAACAGGCCAAUCAAUUCCUCAGGUCUAGCACAAAGCAAGGAAGAUUCUGAGGAGGAGAGUGUGAGCAGUCCAGAGGAUGCCACUGAAAGCAGUGAAAGCACUGAUGAGAGCAGUCCAGAAGAAAUAAAAAUCCCCAGUAAUCCCAAAGAGUUGUAACAUCUCAUAUAAAGAAAUUUUCUUGUGAAUACUUGAGUGUGUCUUGUUCACCUGUAACUUGUUGCUUAGCAAACCUCAGUCUCUAAGCAGGUUUGUAGGUCUUUUUAUGCACAACAACCCUGGGUUAUUUAAUUUUUAGCUAAGUAUGGAAUGUUAAAUUAUUUUGUAAGGAGUUUGAAGCUUAGUUGCAAGUUAAAAAAUGAACAACCCUGUAUUCUAAUCAGCAUGUCUGGAAAGUGGUUUAUAGGGGAUUUUUUUAAACUAAUAGUAUGGUAGAUAAACCUUCUUAAGCUCUAGUCUAUAUUUCAACAGGAGAACACGACUAAGCUAUUGCCCUCUUCAUGGUACCUACCACACAGAGAGUCUCUGACUUUUUCCAGGCUUGAACCUGCCAUAUGUAUUUCAACUACUUCAUCUAUUUAGAAUAAAUUGAGCUGAGCUUGAAAGGAA